AUGGGGGCAACGACGCAAGAGGCUGAACCCACAGUGCUGGGACUAGUAACAGUUUCAGAGGAGAACCAUGGCCUGGGAACAAGCACAAAGACAACCGUGGAAGACAAAAGUCUGACCAAGCCACCUCUCCUUAGGCAAAGUGCUUCAGAUGAAGUGGGCCACCAAACCCUCAACACCACAGCAAUGCCCAUGGACCCCUUGACCCACUCCCCAGAGCCCACCGUGACACCACUGUCCUCCAUCUAUGAGAGGGAAGGCAUGAGCUCUCCACAGAUGCCUCCCCAGCCAGCCUCAGACAGCUCCUCAAGUGCCACAGCCUUGGGUCUCCGCCACACAGCUGACCCUGCUGUGCCUCUGGUUGACAGGAGCAGCACGUGGGACCCCUCCACAGCCAGCAUUUUGCCUCUGGCAGAUGUCAUGGUGUCCAGUGUGGGGACCACAGUGGGUUCUGGAGGGAGCCCCAUAGAGCUGCCCAGCCUCACUCACACCAUGAGGACACCGACCUCCAUGGCCACCGCAGGGACGGAUGGCGUGGCGUGGCUGGGCACCAUCACUGCAGGCACUGCAGUUUUAUGCACUUCGACACAAACAAUAACCUCAGCUUUAGAGACAACCUCCUCCCUGCUCUACAGCCACACGGUAACAACGAGCCCAGCAGCUCAAUCAACCACUGCAGUCAAUCCCAGCACAGAUGGAACAUCUUCUGCUUCUGCUGUCACCUCCACAACUCCACAAAUAACAGAAUCCACCACGACAGUCCUUGUAACAUCAUCGUCCCCCGCUCCAGACCAAAGCCCAACAACAGCCACCACAUCCCCUCUUCUAAGCACACCCGAUGAGAACAUUUCCGCAACUCUGACAACUUCUACACCCAUUUCCUCUUUUCCAAAAACCUCCAUGGCUACCAGCACGGGUGCAUCCACCCUGGAGGAAAGCACUGUGAUCGCCACAACCACUAUGCAAGAUAAUUACACCACCAUCUCUCCGGCCACAUCUACUCCAGAAACUAAAACUUUAGUUUCUUCGACUCAAGCACAAACCUCUGCUAUAGAGACAACCUCCUCCCUGCUCUCCAGCAGCACGGCAACAACGAGCCCAGCAGAUCAAACAACCACAGCAGUCAAUCCCAGCACACCUGGAACAUCUAAUUCCGCUGUCACCUACAUAACUCCACAGAUAACAGAAUACCCCACCACAGUCCUUGUGACUUCAUCCUCCUCUGCACCAGCCACAAGCCCAACUACAUCCACCACAUCCACUCUUCUGAGCACAUCUGAGGAGAACAUUUCCACUACUUUGACAACUCCAUCAAUUUCAUCUUUUUCAACAAAAUCUAGUGCUACCAGCACGGCUGCAUCUACCCUGGAGGAAAGCACUGUAAUCGGGAAAACAACCAUGCAGGAAAACUACACCAUCGUCUCCACGAACACAUCUCCUCCAGAAACUACAGCUUUACUCACUUCGACUCAAGCACAAACUUCUGCUAUAGAGACAACCUCCUCCCUGAUCUCCAGCAGCACAGGAACAAUGACCCCAGCAGCUCAAACAACCACUGCAGUCAAUCCCAGCACAGCUGGAACAUCUUCUGCUUCUGCUGUCACUUCCACAACUGCACAGAUAACAGAAUCGCCCACCACAGACCUUGUAAGAUCAUCCUCCUCUGCUCCAGCCUCGAGACCAACUACAGCCACCACAUCAUCUCCUCUGAGCACAUCUGAGGAGAACAUUUCCACAACUUUGACAACUUCUACACCCAUUUCCUCUCUGUCAACAGCCUCCACUGCUACCAGCCCGAGAGCAUCCACCCUGGAGGAAAGCACUGUAAUCGCCACAACAACCACGCAGGAAAAUGACACCACCUUCUCCACCGCCACAUCUCUUUCAGAAACUACAGCUUUACCCUCUUCGACUCAAGCACAAAGCUCUGCUUUCGAGACAACCUCCUACAUGAUCUCUAGCAGCACAGCAACAACGAGCCCAGCAGCUCAAACAACCACUGCAGUCACUCCCAGCACAGCUGGAACAACUUCUGCUUCCGCUGUCACCUCCACAACUCCACAGAUAACAGAAUCACCCACCACAGUCCUUGUGACUUCAUCCUCCUCUGCUACAGCCACAAGUCCAACUACAGCCACCACAUCCCCUCUUCUGAGCACAUCUGAUGAGAACAUUUCCACAACUUUGACAACUACACCCAUCUCCUCUUUUCCAACAAAAUCUAGUGCUACCAGCACGGCUGCAUCCACCCUGGAGGAAAGUACUGUUAUCGCCACAACAACCAUGGAGGAAAAUCACACCACCGUCUCCAUGGCCACAUCUCCUCCAGAAACUACAGCUUUACCCUCUUCGAGUCAAGCACAAAGCUCUGCUUUCGAGACAACCUCCUCCCUGAUCUCCAGCAGCAGGGCAACAACGAGCUCAGCAGCUCAAUCAACCACUGCAGUCAAUCCCAGCACAGAUGGAACAUCUUCUGCUUCUGCUGUCACCUCCACAACUGCACAGAUAACAGAUUCGCCGACCACAGUCCUUGUAAGAUCAUCCUCCUCUGCUCCAGUCCCAAGCCCAACUACAGCCACCACAUCAUCUCUUCUGAGCACAUCUGAGGAGAACAUUUCCACAACCUUGACAACUUCUACAUCCACUUCAUCUUUUUCAACAAAAUCUAGUGCUACCAGCAGGGGUGCAUCCACCAUGGAGGAAAGCACUGUGAUCGCCACAACCACCAUGCAGGAAGACUACACCACCGUCUCUACGAACACAUCUCCUCCAGAAACUACAGCUUUACCCUCUUCGACUCAAGCACAAAGCUCUGCUUUUGAGAAAACCUCCUCCCUGAUCUCCAGCAGCACAGGAACAACGAGCACAGCAGCUCAAACAACCACUGCAGUCCCUCCCAGCCCAGCUGGAACAACUUCUGCUUCCGCUGUCACCUCCACAACUCCACAGAUAACAGAAUCACCCACCACAGUCCUUGUAACUUCAUCCUCCUCUGCUCCAGCCACAAGCCCAACUACAGCCACCACAUCAUCUCUUCUGAGCACAUCCGAGAAUAUUUCCACAACUUUGACAACUUCGAUACCCAUUUCCUCUCUGUCAACAGCCUCCACUGCUACCAGCCCGAGAGCAUCCACCCUGGAGGAAAGCACUGUAAUCGCCACAACAACCACGGAGGAAAAUGACACCACCUUCUCUACGGCCACAUCUCUUUCAGAAACUACAGCUUUACCCUCUUCGACUCAAGCACAAAGCUCUGCUUUCGAGACAACCUCCUACAUGAUCUCUAGCAGCACAGCAACAACGAGCCCAGCAGCUCAAACAACCACUGCAGUCACUCCCAGCACAGCUGGAACAACUUCUGCUUCCGCUGUCACCUCCACAACUCCACAGAUAACAGAAUCCCCCAGCACAGUCCUUGUGACUUCAUCCUCCUCUGCUACAGCCACAAGUCCAACUACAGCCACCACAUCCCCUCUUCUGAGCACAUCUGAUGAGAACAUUUCCACAACUUUGACAACUACACCCAUCUCCUCUUUUCCAACAAAAUCUAGUGCUACCAGCACGGCUGCAUCCACCCUGGAGGAAAGUACUGUUAUCGCCACAACAACCAUGGAGGAAAAUCACACCACCGUCUCCAUGGCCACAUCUCCUCCAGAAACUACAGCUUUACCCUCUUCGACUCAAGCACAAAGCUCUGCUUUCGAGACAACCUCCUCCCUGAUCUCCAGCAGCAGGGCAACAACGAGCUCAGCAGCUCAAUCAACCACUGCAGUCAAUCCCAGCACAGAUGGAACAUCUUCUGCUUCUGCUGUCACCUCCACAACUGCACAGAUAACAGAUUCGCCGACCACAGUCCUUGUAAGAUCAUCCUCCUCUGCUCCAGUCCCAAGCCCAACUACAGCCACCACAUCAUCUCUUCUGAGCACAUCUGAGGAGAACAUUUCCACAACCUUGACAACUUCUACAUCCACUUCAUCUUUUUCAACAAAAUCUAGUGCUACCAGCAGGGGUGCAUCCACCAUGGAGGAAAGCACUGUGAUCGCCACAACCACCAUGCAGGAAGACUACACCACCGUCUCUACGAACACAUCUCCUCCAGAAACUACAGCUUUACCCUCUUCGACUCAAGCACAAAGCUCUGCUUUUGAGAAAACCUCCUCCCUGAUCUCCAGCAGCACAGGAACAACGAGCACAGCAGCUCAAACAACCACUGCAGUCCCUCCCAGCCCAGCUGGAACAACUUCUGCUUCCGCUGUCACCUCCACAACUCCACAGAUAACAGAAUCACCCACCACAGUCCUUGUAACUUCAUCCUCCUCUGCUCCAGCCACAAGCCCAACUACAGCCACCACAUCAUCUCUUCUGAGCACAUCCGAGAAUAUUUCCACAACUUUGACAACUUCGAUACCCAUUUCCUCUCUGUCAACAGCCUCCACUGCUACCAGCCCGAGAGCAUCCACCCUGGAGGAAAGCACUGUAAUCGCCACAACAACCACGGAGGAAAAUGACACCACCUUCUCUACGGCCACAUCUCUUUCAGAAACUACAGCUUUACCCUCUUCGACUCAAGCACAAAGCUCUGCUUUCGAGACAACCUCCUACAUGAUCUCUAGCAGCACAGCAACAACGAGCCCAGCAGCUCAAACAACCACUGCAGUCACUCCCAGCACAGCUGGAACAACUUCUGCUUCCGCUGUCACCUCCACAACUCCACAGAUAACAGAAUCCCCCAGCACAGUCCUUGUGACUUCAUCCUCCUCUGCUACAGCCACAAGUCCAACUACAGCCACCACAUCCCCUCUUCUGAGCACAUCUGAUGAGAACAUUUCCACAACUUUGACAACUACACCCAUCUCCUCUUUUCCAACAAAAUCUAGUGCUACCAGCACGGCUGCAUCCACCCUGGAGGAAAGUACUGUUAUCGCCACAACAACCAUGGAGGAAAAUCACACCACCGUCUCCAUGGCCACAUCUCCUCCAGAAACUACAGCUUUACCCUCUUCGACUCAAGCACAAAGCUCUGCUUUCGAGACAACCUCCUCCCUGAUCUCCAGCAGCAGGGCAACAACGAGCACAGCAGCUCAAUCAACCACUGCAGUCAAUCCCAGCACAGAUGGAACAUCUUCUGCUUCUGCUGUCACCUCCACAACUGCACAGAUAACAGAUUCGCCGACCACAGUCCUUGUAAGAUCAUCCUCCUCUGCUCCAGUCCCAAGCCCAACUACAGCCACCACAUCAUCUCUUCUGAGCACAUCUGAGGAGAACAUUUCCACAACCUUGACAACUUCUACAUCCACUUCAUCUUUUUCAACAAAAUCUAGUGCUACCAGCAGGGGUGCAUCCACCAUGGAGGAAAGCACUGUGAUCGCCACAACCACCAUGCAGGAAGACUACACCACCGUCUCUACGAACACAUCUCCUCCAGAAACUACAGCUUUACCCUCUUCGACUCAAGCACAAAGCUCUGCUUUUGAGAAAACCUCCUCCCUGAUCUCCAGCAGCACAGGAACAACGAGCACAGCAGCUCAAACAACCACUGCAGUCCCUCCCAGCCCAGCUGGAACAACUUCUGCUUCCGCUGUCACCUCCACAACUCCACAGAUAACAGAAUCACCCACCACAGUCCUUGUAACUUCAUCCUCCUCUGCUCCAGCCACAAGCCCAACUACAGCCACCACAUCAUCUCUUCUGAGCACAUCCGAGAAUAUUUCCACAACUUUGACAACUUCGAUACCCAUUUCCUCUCUGUCAACAGCCUCCACUGCUACCAGCCCGAGAGCAUCCACCCUGGAGGAAAGCACUGUAAUCGCCACAACAACCACGGAGGAAAAUGACACCACCUUCUCUACGGCCACAUCUCUUUCAGAAACUACAGCUUUACCCUCUUCGACUCAAGCACAAAGCUCUGCUUUCGAGACAACCUCCUACAUGAUCUCUAGCAGCACAGCAACAACGAGCCCAGCAGCUCAAACAACCACUGCAGUCACUCCCAGCACAGCUGGAACAACUUCUGCUUCCGCUGUCACCUCCACAACUCCACAGAUAACAGAAUCCCCCAGCACAGUCCUUGUGACUUCAUCCUCCUCUGCUACAGCCACAAGUCCAACUACAGCCACCACAUCCCCUCUUCUGAGCACAUCUGAUGAGAACAUUUCCACAACUUUGACAACUACACCCAUCUCCUCUUUUCCAACAAAAUCUAGUGCUACCAGCACGGCUGCAUCCACCCUGGAGGAAAGUACUGUUAUCGCCACAACAACCAUGGAGGAAAAUCACACCACCGUCUCCAUGGCCACAUCUCCUCCAGAAACUACAGCUUUACCCUCUUCGACUCAAGCACAAAGCUCUGCUUUCGAGACAACCUCCUCCCUGAUCUCCAGCAGCAGGGCAACAACGAGCUCAGCAGCUCAAUCAACCACUGCAGUCAAUCCCAGCACAGAUGGAACAUCUUCUGCUUCUGCUGUCACCUCCACAACUGCACAGAUAACAGAUUCGCCGACCACAGUCCUUGUAAGAUCAUCCUCCUCUGCUCCAGUCCCAAGCCCAACUACAGCCACCACAUCAUCUCUUCUGAGCACAUCUGAGGAGAACAUUUCCACAACCUUGACAACUUCUACAUCCACUUCAUCUUUUUCAACAAAAUCUAGUGCUACCAGCAGGGGUGCAUCCACCAUGGAGGAAAGCACUGUGAUCGCCACAACCACCAUGCAGGAAGACUACACCACCGUCUCUACGAACACAUCUCCUCCAGAAACUACAGCUUUACCCUCUUCGACUCAAGCACAAAGCUCUGCUUUUGAGAAAACCUCCUCCCUGAUCUCCAGCAGCACAGGAACAACGAGCACAGCAGCUCAAACAACCACUGCAGUCCCUCCCAGCCCAGCUGGAACAACUUCUGCUUCCGCUGUCACCUCCACAACUCCACAGAUAACAGAAUCACCCACCACAGUCCUUGUAACUUCAUCCUCCUCUGCUCCAGCCACAAGCCCAACUACAGCCACCACAUCAUCUCUUCUGAGCACAUCCGAGAAUAUUUCCACAACUUUGACAACUUCGACACUCAUUUCCUCUCUGUCAACAGCCUCCACUGCUACCAGCCCGAGAGCAUCCACCCUGGAGGAAAGCACUGUAAUCGCCACAACAACCACGCAGGAAAAUGACACCACCUUCUCCACGUCCACAUCUCUUUCAGAAACUACAGCUUUACCCUCUUCGACUCAAGCACAAAGCUCUGCUUUUGAGACAACCUCCUACAUGAUCUCUAGCAGCACAGCAACAACGAGCCCAGCAACUCAAACAACCACCGCAGUCACUCCCAGCACAGAUGAAACCUCUUCUGCUUCUGCUGUCACCUCCACAACAACACUGAUAACAGAUUCGCCCACCACAGUCCUUGUAACUUCAUCUUCCUCUGCUCCAGUCCCAAGCCCAACUACAGCCACCACAUCAUCUCUUCUGAGCACAUCCGAGAAUAUUUCCGCAACUUUGACAGCUUCUACAUCCACUUCAUCUUUUCCAACAAAAUCUAGUGCUACUAGCAGGGGUGCAUCCACCCUGGAGGAAAGCACUGUGAUCGCCACAACAACUACGCAGGAAAAUGACACCACCUCCUCCACGGCCACAUCUCUUUCAGAAACUACAGCUUUACCCUCUUCGACUCAAGCACAAAGCUCUGCUUUCGAGACAACCUCCUACAUGGUCUCUAGCAGCACAGCAACAACGAGCCCAGCAGCUCAAACAACCGUUGCAGUCAAUCCCAGCACAGAUGGAACAUCUUCUGCUUCUGCUGUAAUCUCCACAACUGCACAGAUAACAGAAUCCCCCAGCACAGUCCUUGUAUCAUCAUCCUCCUCUGCUCCAGCCUCGGGCCCAACUACAGCCACCACAUCAUCUCUUCUGAGCACACCCGAGAAUAUUUCCACAACUUUCACAACUUCUACACCCAUUUCCUCUCUGUCAACAGCCUCCACUGCUACCAGCCCGAGAGCAUCCACCCUGGAGGAAAGCACUGUAAUCACCACAACAACCAGGAAGGAAAAGGACACCACCGUCUCCACAAACACAUCUCCUCCAGAAACUACAGCUUUACUUUCUUCGACUCCAGCACAAACCUUUGCUUUAGAAAUAACCUCCUCCCUGAUGUCCAGCAGCAGGUCAACAACGAGCGCAGCAGCUCAAACAACCACUGCAAUCACUCCCAAUAACAGAAUCACCCACCACAGUCCUUGUAACAUCAUCGUCUUCUGCUACAGCCACAAGUCCAACUACAGCCACCACAGCAUCUCUUCUGAGCACAUCCGAGAAUAUUUCCACAAUUUUGACAACUUCGACACUCAUUUCCUCUCUCUCAACAGCCUCUUCUGCUACCAGCCCGAGAGCAUCCACCCUGGAGGAAAGCACUGUAAUUGCCACAACAACUACGCAGGAAAAUGA